AUGGCUGUGCUGUGUGAGAGCUCUGCAGGAUGGCUUCUUGAUGAACUGUCUCUAAUAAAUAGAUGGUAUGAGUUUGGGGGAGGCCUGGGCUCUAGAUCCCCCACAGAUGAGGAACAGGAGAACACAAGGACUGUAUACAAGGUGAAGAAUGAACUGUUCCAGCUGAUUAAACCUUACUUCUCGCUGAGUCUCUCCAUCACAUCCAAUCAGAAUGCGGCUUCACAGAGUGACGACAGGGCGCCCGCCGGCUGCAAGGCUGUCAGAAAGAAACGUAAAAGAUCAAAUGCCCUAAAUCAAGGUGAACUGGAUGCUCUGGAGUAUCACCAAAAGAUAUGUGACUUAAUUUUGAAAGCAUCACAGGUAUUGAUUCAAGAGGGAUUGAAGAAUGGACAGCUCCAUGCCUACACACAGAAUGAAGAGGAACAUGGAAAAGUUACUUCAGCAGUUUGUAUGCGGAGCAGUAGCUUGGCUGAACUCUGCAAUAUGACCAAGGAGCUGUCUUCUCUGGGUGUCUAUGAACACACUGUGAACAUCAUUGGUAGUGACCAGCAAUCAUCUGAAAGCAUGGACUGGCUAUCACGCAUUACAGAGAACAGUUCAGAGUGGACACAAGUCAUUCAUCUUCUGGGAGAGAAAUAUCUUGUACCACCGAAAAGUAGCUUCCUUUUGUCAGACAUUUCCUGCAUGGAACCCCUUCUACAUUAUAAAAAGUACGGUAUCAUUGUCAUUGAUCCUCCAUGGGAGAAUAAGUCUGUGAAGAGGAGUAAGAGAUAUAACUACUUAUCCACACUGGAUAUAAAACAACUUCCCAUACCAGAUUUGGCUGCUCAGAACUGCCUUGUGAUAACCUGGGUGACGAACAGACAGAAGCACUUAAGGUUUGUAAAGGAGGAGCUCUACCCACAUUGGUCAGUCCGAACCCUGGCAGAAUGGCACUGGGUAAAGAUAACCCAGUCUGGAGAAUUUGUGUUUCCAAUGGAGUCUGCCCAUAAAAAACCUUAUGAAAUUAUGGUAUUAGGAUGCCUAAUAGAUGAUAUGGAUUCUGCUAAAAGGGAACCAGACCUGGACUUGUGUCCUAUUCCGCAGCACAAGAUUAUUGUCAGUGUACCAUGUAGUCUUCAUUCCCACAAGCCGCCCCUCUCUGAGGUUUUGAAAAAAUAUGUUAAACCAGAUGCGGCGCGCUUGGAGCUAUUUGCCCGUAAUCUGCAGCCAGGCUGGACAAGCUGGGGGAACGAAGUUCUGAAAUUCCAACACAUGGAGUAUUUUAUUCCCUUUGAGACUGAAAAGUGACCCAGGUCUAUUAGCUUUGCAGGAGUUUUUUAAUACAUUAAAAUUGCUUUUUAUUACCAGCGGAACACUUAGGAAUCUGUGUAAAUAGAAGUGGACAUGUCGCAAUAAGAAAUCCAUGGAGUGGGCGAGUCUCUGUGCACUACCUCAGUGCUAUUGUUUUAAGCUGAACAGAUUGUCCUUAGCUUCAAAUAGCUUUGCAGAGAUGGAAAAGAAAAUUGCAAAAUAACCCCAUGUUCACUACAGUGCAGCCUGCUUUCCUGGUAGCAUAAAGGUUAAUUGUCUAGGCUAUAGGAAGAGAAUGAAGAAAACUAAUCUGUGGCAGCAACGCAAGUCCUCGUAGGCAUCUCCGUAAUAUUGCAAAACAGUAUAUAUUUCCCAGAUGGAUUAAAUGACAAUUUUAUCACAUUCAUCCCAUUUUGUUGCUUUCUAGAGCAAUAUAUAAUGUAUGAAGAGGGGUAUGAAAACAAUGAUCAAUGGGCUAAAUUUUAUUUUGCUCUAUCUGUUUUUUCCCUCUUCUCCUUUAUUUGGGCUAUGUCAUAAUACAUCAUACUUUACCCCUUUGGCCAUGUUUAAAGCCUUGCCCAUUUACGUCAGAUUUGUGAAAACUGGAUUAAAUGUUUCUAGGUAAAUAUUAUUUAUUUGAAAUUGCCAACACAGAAAACCAAAGCUCCCCAGG